AUGCAGAACGGUGAAGAAACACCGGCAGUAUCGGAAACAGUACUGCCUGAAGAAGUGACGAAGCAGUCAUACCGCGUCAAGGUCUGGCGUUACUUGGAGAACAAUGGCUUGGCGAUGUUCCCACGCCCGGUCUACAACCGCAUACCCAACUUCAAAGGCGCCCAGGAGGCCGCCGUUAAAUUGUCAGAGCUGGAUGUCUUCAAGAACGCGACGACGAUCAAAGUCAACCCUGAUAAGCCGCAGGAAACAAUCAGAGUCAUAUGCCUGGAGCAACAGAAGAGCCUGUACGUCCCGGUGCCUCGUCUGCAGACUGGUUUCAUGAACCUCCUGAUGCUGCCGGAAGGCGAGUCAGGCCCAUCCGCAAUCAAGAAGACAGUGUCUCGCAAUGGCAUGGACACAUAUGGACAACCGAUAUCUAUAGAAGAGUCAGUGUCAUUGGACUUGGUGGUGAUGGGCUCUGUGGCUGUGUCGAAGGAGGGGUUCCGUAUUGGAAAAGGAAGAGGUUACGGAGACCUCGAGUUUGGUCUCAUUAUGCACAUGAAGGCGAUCAAACCCAACACCCUGGUGGUGACCACUGUGCAUGAUUGCCAGGUGUUUGACUCUCUACCCGCAGAACUGUUUGGACCGCACGAUGUGCCCAUCGAUAUCAUUGUUACACCGACACAGGUAAUAGAAACACAGCGCAUGAGCAAGCGUCCCGUGGGCAUCAUCUGGCAUCUGCUGUCAAAUCGUCGGCUGGAACAGAUGCCGGUUUUGGCCCAGCUUCGCGACAUUGAGAUAUUAGCGGGUCGUGAUUGCACACUUAAAGAGGUGGACACUGAUAUCGAGGACCGCGGAGGUUCACGAGCACGAAGGCAAAGACGGCGCACGCGCUCGCACAAAAGCCAGAGUGAAGGAGAGGGCGGCAACACAACAGAGAACGAGGAGAAACCAAAGUUCCGACGCACGCCGCGCAGGCGCAACAGUCAAAAGUCAGCCAGCAAGGAGAACAAGGAGGAGAAAGAGAACGACGGAAAGGAAAAAUCGCGUCGCCCCAACCGCCCGCGAAGACCGCGCCCAGUGAUCGACUUCUCAGUAAAAAUCUCAAACAUCAGUCCUUCAACAAGAGUACGCGACUUGAAGCAAGCGCUGAACGAACGCGGUGUCAAACCGCAAAUGAUGACCUGGAAGGGAUUCCGCGGUUUCUGCUAUUUGCAUUUCUACAAAGUACCACAGAAGGGUGAAGGCGACAACGUGCAAGUCCCUAAAAUAGAAAGCGUGAUAAGCGCUCUAUCAGAGAUGAGCGUCGGUGGGACAGGGGACGAGAGCAAUGAGAAACCACGUCUACUGAACGUGGAGCCAGCGCCCCCUAGGUCACAACACACCACGCCGGCCAUUGAACGGUCGCUAGAGGUCCAUUAA